CCAACCCGCCCAAAGCAAAGAUUGCUUUCACGGUGCCCUAUCAUUGCCUCUUCCGUCUAGGUUGUUAGUCUGUGAACUCGGGCGCUACGAUUCCGUUCUCCAUAUCACAGCAUUCAAGUUCUUGCCCAAGUCCUCAAGAUUCCAAUCUGAAACUGAACUCUCUCUGCUCAAUAAGGGUUUUCUACGUCAAUCUAGCACUCCUCUUCACAUGCUAAUCUAGCGUUUUCUUGCUCUCUGCACUUGAACAAUCGUUCCGGAACCAGGAAGCAUGUCAAAGCGGAAAUUUGGAUUCGAAGGGUUUGGAAUAAACCGCCAAACGACCUACAACUUCGAGCGAUCCCAAGCUCCGCAACGGCUUUACGUUCCUCCUUCGUCGCGCCACGGCCAUGACAACUAUGAAGACACCGACCUCGACAACAUCGAUUACGCAGAAAAUGACAACGCCAAGGGCACUUCAGCUGAUAAUAAUAAUGAUAGUGGUGCUGAAGAUGACGAAAUUGAUCCUCUGGACGCGUUCAUGCAGGGGAUACAUGAGGAGAUGAAGGCUGCCCCUCCUCCGAAGCCGAAAGAGAAGGCGGAGAAGUAUAGGGAUGACGAGGAUGAUGAUCCUAUGGAGAGCUUUUUGAAGGCGAAGAAGGACAUAGGCUUGACGCUAGCGGCGGAUGCUCUACACGCAGGUUAUAAUUCGGAUGAGGAGGUUUACGCGGCGGCGAAAGCUGUGGAUGGGGGGACGUUGGAGUAUGAUUCGGAUGAUAAUCCAGUGGUGGUUGAUAAGAAGAAGAUCGAGCCUAUUCCAGCUCUGGAUCAUAGCUCUAUUGAUUAUGAGCCAUUUAAUAAGGAUUUUUAUGAGGAGAAGCCAUCAAUAUCAGGGAUGAGUGAGCAGGAUGUUGCUGAAUACCGCAAGAGUUUGGCUAUCCGUGUUUCAGGUUUUGAUGUACCCAGGCCAAUAAAGACAUUUGAAGACUGUAGUUUUUCAUCACAAUUGAUGAAUGCUAUAGCAAAACAAGCUUAUGAAAAGCCUACAGCAAUACAGUGUCAAGCUUUGCCUAUUGUGCUUUCUGGGAGAGAUAUCAUUGGCAUAGCAAAAACUGGUUCUGGUAAGACUGCUGCUUUUGUACUUCCCAUGAUUGUACAUAUUAUGGAUCAACCUGAACUUCAGAAAGGAGAGGGUCCAAUUGGGGUGAUUUGUGCACCCACUAGAGAAUUAGCCCACCAAAUAUAUUUGGAAGCAAAGAAAUUUGCUAAAUCACAUGGGAUACGUGUCUCUGCCGUCUAUGGUGGGAUGUCAAAGCUUGAUCAGUUCAAAGAACUUAAGGCAGGAUGUGACAUUGUCGUUGCCACUCCAGGGAGAUUAAUAGACAUGUUAAAGAUGAAAGCACUGAAUAUGUCUAAGGCAACUUACUUGGUACUUGAUGAGGCUGAUCGAAUGUUUGACCUGGGAUUUGAGCCACAAGUGUGGUCUAUUGUUGGUCAGAUUAGGCCAGACCGCCAGACCUUACUCUUUUCAGCUACAAUGCCUCACAAGGUGGAAAAGUUAGCUAGGGAGAUUCUCACUGAUCCCAUAAGAGUUACAGUGGGGGAGGUGGGAAUGGCCAAUGAAGAUAUUACUCAGGUUGUUCAAGUAAUUCCUUCUGAUGCAGAGAAGUUGCCUUGGCUUCUUGAAAAACUACCUGGAAUGAUUGAUGAUGGUGAUGUUCUAGUUUUUGCUUCUAAAAAAGCUACUGUUGAUGAGAUUGAAUCACAAUUGGUUCAGAAGGGAUUUAAAGUUGCAGCUCUUCAUGGUGACAAAGACCAGGCUUCUCGGAUGGAUACUUUGCAAAAAUUUAAAUCUGGUGUCUAUCAUGUUCUUAUUGCAACUGAUGUUGCUGCUCGUGGACUUGACAUCAAAUCAAUCAAGUCGGUGGUGAACUUUGAUAUUGCAAGAGACAUGGACAUGCAUGUGCAUCGUAUUGGUAGGACUGGUCGUGCUGGUGACAAGGAUGGGAUUGCUUAUACUCUUGUUACUCAAAAAGAAGCACGUUUUGCUGGUGAAUUGGUUAACAGUUUGAUUGCUGCUGGUCAGAAUGUCUCCAUGGAACUUAUGGAUCUUGCCAUGAAGGAUGGGAGAUUCAGGUCCAAACGUGAUGCGAGAAAAGGAGGUGGGAAAAAGGGUAGAGGGAGGGGUGUAGGUGGUCGAGGUGUGCGUGGAGUGGAUUAUGGUCUUGGCAUUGGCUAUAAUCCAGAACCCAACAGUACUCCAUCUCAAGCUGCUCCAAGUAGAUCUGCUGCAGUUAGUUCACCAAGGACAGGGAUGAUGGGUCAAUUCAAGAGUAAUUUUGUUGCUGCUUCAUCAAACCCUCAAAGUUCUAGUGCUUAUGCCAACAAGAGACCGGCAUUACCUGGAUUUGUCUCUGGUGGUUCAAUUGGUGGAGACAUAAACAGAACUCGAACAAACAGCUCAGUACCUGGUUUUGUCUCUGGUGGUUCAAUUAGUGGAGAUGCAAAUAGAACUGUGACAACCAGCUCAUUACCUGGUUUUGUCUCUGGGGGUUCAAUUAGUGGAGAUGCAAAUAGAACUGUUACGACCAACUCCUUACCUGGUUUUGUUUCUGGUGGUUCAAUUAGCAGAGAUGCAAAUAGAACUGAGACAAUCAGUCAGAAGACUCAGAACACUGGAGGAAAUCCUAAUCAGACCAAAGAAAGUUCCAGGGAUCGGGGUAGGGAAAGGCGAAGGCCAUCUGGUUGGGACCAUUGAUGCUACUCUCACCUAGUCCCCUGGAUGAGAACAACUUUCUUCUAGGAUGACACUUAAAAUCUAUGUGUGGUUAUUUAUGCCGACCGAGUUCCUUCAUGUUCUUGUUGUUUAGCUACUACUUGUGUAUGAUUUCAUAUUUGAGUUUGUAGAAAGUUAUAAUUACUGCGUAUUAAUCAAUAUGAUUUCCUAAAUCCUUCUUUUGACUA